CACACAGUUGUUUUUUAAGAUAACUUCCAAAACAGCUAGUCACAAUAACAAGAACAACAAUAACAACAACAACAAUAACACCAACAGUAAACAACUAAAGUAAGAGAAACAAUGAAAAUAGGAACAGAGAGCUGCCUAUAUCCACCAUACACUUAAUCUUGCUUGCUUCGAUAGACAGAGUCAUGAGUGGGGGGAACUCUCCUGUUUGCUAAUGGUGAAGUGACUGGUUAGUGGUUACUGAUUUUUUUUAAUUUUUUUCCUGGCUUCUCUCUACACGUGCCUCUCGUGUAGUGGAUCGGGCUGACGCAAUCCAGAUUUGUUCAUGUGCCAAGUCUCAUGGAAGACCAUUUGUUUACAUAGUGUCAGGCGCCGCGUUUCCUGUGAAGGAAGGUGGACGUUGUGUCGAUGUUGGUGAUCUGUCAUGUACCUUAGACUGAGUAUCUCGAUUUAGUCCCAGUGGAAGGUUUGAUCGAUUGAAGAAGACUUGGCAAAUCAGCAUCCGUGUUCGUUCGUUUGUGCGUCGACCAGAUGGCAUUCUUGGAAGCGUGGUAGCAAGUGUCGACAUUUACUUCACGCAGCGCAUUUAAUACUUGACAUUAGAUAAUAUUUCAGCACGAGUUGUUUGGGUAAAACGUCUGUGUUGCGCAAGAGCAUCAGACUGUCAUGUUAAUCUGAUUAUUAAACCCAGGAGAUAAAUGGAUAUCAAGAAUGUGGCACUCAUCAUGUGGCAUCACCGACGUAAACAUAACACACCCCCACCAGCUGGCCUCUGAUUGGCUGAGGGUGUAGUGCGUCAGCGGCAGCCAAUCAACGCGUGACCUGACUCUGACGUCACGCCCACCAGAGUCUCAUGAUCAAAACAAAAAUCAAGUUAGUAGUGAAAGACUUGUUCGUGUGAGUGGUGGUGGCAGUGUGAGUGUCCCAAGUACCCCGAUAUUCCUCAUCCACUCCUAACACUCUGCCUCGUAUCGCCUCGCACACUGAUUAAAGGGAAACUGUAGCGUCCAUCUUGAAGUAUUGUGCAUAGAAGACAUUAGGGAGCGAGGAAGUGAAUCAGUAUCGGCGCUUCCUCUUGGUCGCUUCAUCACAACAUGGAGGUCCUCCCAUGGUGGCAGACAGACAGUGACUUCCUGCUGGAGUUCUGUGACAACAGCAUGAAUGGUGACAACAGGAAGGGACCUGGCAUGCCCAUUCCUCGUGGACCAGGAAACAGAGUGAUGCCCAACCACCAUUUCCCAGACCUAUCCAGCAUGGCCUUGCAGAUGGAGGACCACACACUGCUGCCUGGACAGUCUUCCAGCCAACAGUGGGAUGCUCCAGCCAGCUCCAUGUCCUCCCUGUACCAGGAGACAGGCAACAGCCUCUCACCGCUAGGCCCAAACUCUCCGUCGUUGUGGCCACCUCAGUCUAUGGACCUGGAUGUUGACAUCAAAUUGGAGCCAUUGGAUGACCUAUCUGUGGAUGACCUUCUGGCUGGCCACCCUCUUGGACUCAAUCCCACUGAGGACGUGUACCUUGAUGAUGUCAACCUGGAUGACUUGCUCAUGCCUGAGCCGCUGGCUGGGCCAAGCCUUGACCAACCUCAGUCUCCCAAUACCAUGAUGGCUGUGCCCCCUGAUGAGGUGAUGGGCAACCACCGAAACUUUUCCUCUCCUCCACCAUCCCUGCCAACCACCGGAUUGCGGUACACACAGCCCAUCAAGGCAGAGAGCACCUCCCUCUUCUCCCUGCUGGCCUCUUCCUUCCCUCCUCAGGGUGGGGGCUGGCGAGACCCUCUCCUGACAGCUUCUUCCCUCUCCAGUCAGACUACUGGCUCACAGCUGGGGAGCAUUGAGGAGUGCCCUAGUGAUCAGAAUCAACACACUAUGUCUCAGUUUCAACAACAGCAGCAACACCAACAACAGCAGCAGCAUCAUCAUCAGCAGCAGCAACAACAACAACAACAACAACAACAGCAGCAGCAACAGCAACAGCAGCAACAGCAGCAGCAGCAGCAAUGCUCACCUCAGGCUUCAGAGCCCACCUCAGCCCUCCAGGAGCUGCUGCUAAGGUCUCCUUCUACUCCAUUGUCACCUCACCGUGUUUCCUCUCCAAAAGGAACCCCCUCCCCACAGGAACCUCCCAUGGGCACAUCGGUGCCCCGACCCACAUCCUUGUCAGCCGCCAAUCCUUUGCUGUCUGCUCGCCUCUCAUCGUCAGCCCCAAGCCACAACUUCUCGCUGGAGCAAGCCUGGCAGCGGCGGGAGCCCCGCCAGCAUCUCCUAUCCACUGGCUCUCUUGCUGAGGAGCUUGGUGGGUCAGCCUCCUCCCUCAGCACAGUGGGGGGUAUCCUCUCCCCAGGGGGCCAUGACCUCUCCAUUGAUGAAGGCAUUGACUCUGAUGAGGCAUCAGACAAUGAACAUUAUGAUUCUGAGUCAGACAAUGACUCGGUGGUGAGUGAGGACACAGGCAGCAUCUCUGGCUCAUUGGGCAAGAAGGAGCGUUUCUUCUGGCAGUACAACGUGCAAGCUAAAGGUCCCAAGGGUCACCGCGUCACCAUCAACCAGCAGGAACGUGACCCCCACAGCCUGCCCUCUGUUAUGGAUCCCGUGUUUUCUCCACUCUGUUCCAUUCAGGGCAUCAAGCACAGACGCCUUUCCUGCAGCGGGAAGGCUCGCCGCGGCGACGGCAAUGACCUUACUCCAAACCCCCGCAAGCUGGUCACUAUCGGACGGGAGCUGGAGAAGCUGAACAAGACAAUAAAUGACAUGACCCCAGUGUCAGAACUGCCCUUCAAUGUGAGGCCAAAAUCACGUAAGGAAAAGAACAAAUUGGCAUCCAGAGCAUGUCGUCUGAAGAAGAAGGCUCAGCAUGAGGCCAACAAGAUCAAGCUGUAUGGCCUGGAGCAGGAGCACAGAGGGAUACUGACUGUUAUUGAAGACAUUCGUAAUUCCUUGCUGAGGAAGGUGGAGAUGGGUCCCAAUGGUGUAAUCCCAUCUCCUUCACCACACCCUCAGUCUUCCCCUGGCAAUGCUCAGUCGUCCCAAGCUGUGCUGUCACAGCACAUUGAGAAGUUGUGCAAGCUUAUCAACAAGCACCGCAUUGCUGGCUACACCACGGACUUUGUCAAUAAAGUAAUUGAAAACUGUCAGAACGGAAACUCAACUGGUGGACUGGAGGAACUGACCAAGAUCUUCAGCAAUGCCAAUCUGGCCAACAGCCCACCCUCAUCUAGGGGCACAGCCAGCUUCUCACCUCACUGAGAUUCUGGUCUGACAAGCGUCACAUGGUGCACACUUAAGGUGCUUAAGGUUUAGUUUUGAGCACUAUUCUAAGGUAAGGAGACAUGUCCAGUUUUCAAGAACAAGCUAACUGUUGUAGUCUAUUCAUCCAGCUACUGAAGCAAACAAACUGCACAAGCCCUGCUAAGUCUGGAAACUGAAUGCCAAUAGGCUGCCACGUUCUCAAGAGUAGUGAACAUGCACCACUCAGUUUUUUAAGAUUUGACAAGCCACAUGCAGCUUGCUGGACUCCAGUCUGGAUGACAUGUCUAUAUAUAGUAGUGAUAUCCAUGACUUCAAAAGUAGUUAUAGGUUUUAUCAUUCUACACACGUGGUGACCUCAUUCUUCCUCACCUGGGUCUUAAGUUAAUGUACCAUGUGAGAGUGAUUUGCUUCUGAGAAGAGUUUUAUGAUCAGUGAUUACAAGCUAAAUAAGAACCGGCACUGCAAGUGCUGUGUCUGUGAUGGUGGCAGGUGAGAGGAACUAGCUAAGCUGGAUCCCUACACCAGACAUUGGCUGUGACUGUUUGAGGAACGACUGACAUGAUACAAAACACAUCCAAAGUGUUACUACUGUAGAUCUUAGGAUACCUGAAGGGCACUGCAGGAUAAACAGACCUCUCAGGAGUGCCACCACAUACACUGUCCACAGUUAUUCACAAUUUGAAGCUUAUCUCAUCAUUCUUACAAUUCAGUAGUUGUCCCAAAGCAUGGGCACAUGACUUCUAGAGUUAUUUAUUUCUGCAGCAACUGUACGAUAUACAAACACUCUUACCUGGAAUAAUGACAGUGUCUGAAGUUCAGUCAACACCCAGACACAUUAUCUAAUAAUUUAACAUGACAAUAAGUCUAUGGAUUGAGUGUGUAAAUCAGCCUGUUAUUAAAGAAGAGACAAGUUUGUAAGUAGUUGCCAUAGAAGACAUUUAUCACUAAACUCCUGAAGCAUUAACUAUAAAGCCUGCAAAGGAAACCUUCAGUAUUGGUAGAAUGAGUUGCCCUGAGGUCCACCAAUGCUUGUUCAUCACUCAAUUUUUGUUGCUGUUGUGGAGAGACUUGUAAAUAUGUGUUAGUAAUUGCCAGGGAUGAAUGAUAACUCCAUUUAUUCAUAUUGUACAUAUAUAUAUAUAUUUUUUUUUGCAGCUUGUGUCUGCUAAUAUAGUAUCUAAUUAUCCAUUGAACCCGAACAUAUGUGGUGGUCUGUAGCAUUCCUGCUGGUUGAUAUUUAUAUAGCAAGUAACCUUAGGAUCAUACAAAAAUGAAACCUUUGUAGCGCAGUGUUUUGAUGCUGGGAGAAGACUUGCCAUACAUCUUGUCUAGCCAGGAUAAUUGCCUAACAAUGUAGAUGUUAGUGAGAACUUAUGAAAUAAUCAUCCCAUAAAGAUUGCAUUUUUUUUUUUUUUUUUUUUUUCCUCCCUUGGCAAGCUACCACUGUAGCCUAUACUCACCUCACGGCAGGGUCUGUAUUUAGCACAUCCACCUGAACCAUAAACCCAUAAACCCAUGCAUAUACACACAUAUAAUAUAUAUGUAUACAACUGUUAAGUCUCCAAACAGUGACAGUCACAUAUAUGUAGCCUGUCACACAUACUACAGCCCAUAUAAUAAGUAUAUCCUUUCAUCUGUGCAUGCUGGCCCUUAACAGCUCAAGGAACAAGCUUCACGUUCCUAACAGCACACUCCUUCAUUCCCUUGAGUGCAGCUUAUGGCCAUGAGUGGAAGAAACUGGGAAAGCCUUAGCUUUAAGCCAAGUAUUUGCAGUUCUGUUUUCUGCAGUCAUUUGGCAGAAUACCUGUCCUACCAUUUGUUUCUUCUGUAACUUAGUGAGUAGGAAGAUCACAGUGAGUACAGAAGAGGCAGAGCUGUAAGUUCAGUUUUGCUUUUUCCUUAAACAAUAUAGCUGAGACUAGAUUCAAUAGCAAGGAGGAAUAUUGUUCUGCUGUGUACACUGAGAGGGAAAGUACCCUCUUUAUCAUUUUAUUCCUAAACGUGUUCUUUCAGUGGUUUCCAGUAUUGUCAAGGAAACUAAGCAGCACUAUUUCUCGGUCUACCUUCUGGCACACUACUCAGCCAAGUUAUUUUCUUUCUCUGAGUUGAUCUUUCCUUUAUUUCACAUUCCAAUUCUUUAUAGUACAUUAUUCAAACAUUAGGAAGUGCUCAGUGCAGGACGCUUGACUCCUAAUAUUGAAAGGUGAGGUCUGACGUCAGACAUCCUUGGUGUGCAAUGGUAGUCAAAAUAAACUAUUCAUCAGCUUGUACAGAACCUUGUCUUUGUAUAUUAAUAGCAUACAUUAAAAUUCAUUGCUAAUGACUCAGCUCAGCUAUGUCAUCAAUACAAAACAGCUAUCUCUGCAACUUUUGAACCAGCUUCCCUCACGGCUGUACAGGAAGUGUUGUACACCUAUGGAAGUUUAUACAACAGACAUGAGUUUGGGCUGUAGAAAAUACUUGGUCUGAUGAAAUUAUUCAUAAAUUUUCUAUCAUGAUAGUGUUAGAAGAAGCUUAUUCAACUGUUCCUGAUGAGCUUGCUCUCGUACACUUGUCUCCGUUUACUAUUAAGGGCACAUACAAGGGUCACUGCACUUAAGAUGCAACGUUGUGUAGACAUGCUGCAAAAUGUUUAACCUCUGAGCUUUAGUAAUUGUAGGGUACAUAUGAUGUCAUGCUACAUCUUGAUUACUACCGAGUUUCAUUUUAUUACAGGCCAAUCCCUGUAUUCAGAACUCAUUAUAUCAAUUCAUGAGCAUAGAUGAAUGAAAGUGUACUGUGAAGAAGAAAACACAGCAUCAUCAUGCUCCAUGAUGUUAGGAUUACUGUUUAGGCAGAACACAUAUUCUUACUGUACUUUUAAGAUUAUAUACCAUAGACAUUUUCAGUUUGACUACAGCCGAAUGUGCAGGGAAAUUACCCUGCAAGUAAAACCUGUUGUAGUGAGAAGGUGGUAUAGUAAUAACUUGUAAGGCAGAUUAUGGCAAGUUUGAACCAGCAUAUAAGGAUGAGUUUGUGUACCUGAUAAUGUAGGUUAGGAUGCCUGGUGCCUAUCUAGUCGCACUAAUUCUUCAGAGCAUUUGUAGCUGAGGUUGUCUGGUGUAGCUCAAGAGUAAUAGUAAUUGAAAAUGGCUAAUUAAGUAGAAAUGUCGGUGCCGAUGAGCUCUUCUGUUUAUGUUUCUUCUCUCCAGCAUUACCUCAUACACUAAAAAUAUGUUCUGUCCAGUCUGAAGAUUGUCAUGGUUUUGGGGGUGAGAGUUGAGGGGGGACUUGAGGGUCUUUUACUGUUACAGGUUUUUUUUUUUUUUUUUUUUUUUUUUUUUUACUGUUGCAUUGAACAACUGGCUAGCUAAGUUCAUAAUCAGGAUUUGUUUUUCUUAUGUGUAAUGGAAAAAUUUUGCAAGACUUCCUUUAGCAAACCUUGUGUUUUCAGGAGUGUUGUAUAGCUGGACUGUACAUGUGCAUUAGGUGAUAGUAUAAUACACUUCAGUAUUUUGUCUUGGAGGACAACAUACACUAUUAUGUUGCCCAUUUCUGGCAUUCAUAUGUACUCCUUUUUGGAACUUGAAAAAAUUUUUGUUUCAUCUUGCAUUUUCUCUUGCUCUUUUUAGAUCUGAGAAUUGCUAGUGUUCCUAAAUCAAAAUCAACAGGAAUUGCCAAAUAAAGUUGCUAUCUGAGAAAUUCUGCCUGCUUAGCACAGCACAAAUGACUCCCAGGUUUGGUGGGGCUGCAGUGUUAUUGGAUGAUUAAUUUUGUGUGGCAAGUUUAUCUGGAAAUGUGUAGUAGUAAAAAGUAUCAAAUCCUCUCCGAGGGAUGAAACCGAGCCAAGAUACCGUAAAACAUUAUAUAUGGGUAUUUUCUAAAGCAAGAUGUGAAAUUCUUCCAAAGUAAUAUAUAUAUAUAUAUAUAUAUAUAUAUAUAUAUAUAUAUAUAUAUAUAUAUAUAUAUAUAUAUAUAUAUAUAUAUAUAUAUAUAUAUAUAUAUUGCUAUAAAAAAAUAAAAUAAAAAAAUUUUGAGAUAAAUAAACAGCCUGGUACCUGCAGUGCAUGGGCAGGGUAUCUUGGGGGCAUUCCUGACAUGGGCAUUCCUUGUAGAAAGCUCCCCUAAGGGCAGCAAGGCAUUAAAGAUGGCAGUGGUUGUGAUGUAACAUUGUGAAUGAUGGCAUAGAUUCUCAUCACUGAAAGCUAACAUAUUGUAGAAAAGACAAUCACAUGGCAGAGUGCUAUCCAGUAAUUGCACCUUUUUCACACAAUGAAGUGGCUUGUUUUCAGUCCCUAACGAAUAGCGCCAAUAAGAGAAUAUGCAAUAUGCUUAGUUCUCAAACUAAACAUUUUUCAAAUUUAAGACCACAUGCAUUUUGGAGUAUGUGAAUGCAAGAAUUGUGGAAAGUCAGCUCCCCUUGUGAGUGAAAUCAAGUACAGGAAGUUGACAACCUGAGACUGGCUAUGUUCUGAUCAGUUAGUAGUGAGUCGAUGCAAUUGUAUGGAUUGUCAUACCUCAAACUUCCUAUGGAUUUUAACCUGACAGUCAUUGGCCCGGUCUCUAUAUGCAUAAGUAACAUCCUUCCUCUACAGGCAUUUCAAGUGUUAGCCAUGGAGAUCACAGCAUAUUAGUAGGCAACAGACUUAUCCAAGGGGCUGAGACCACAGUGAGACAGAGGUGGUGAGCAGGCAGUGUGGGAGAUGCUGUAUAGAUAGUGACGAUCUUAGUGGUUGGAAAUGUGAGUGGUCAUCGGUUAACGACAACCUGUAGUUGCUAAUCUAGUGAAUAGCAGUUGUUUUCAUUAUAGGACUAUGCUCUCAAACCUGGCUGAACAUGCAGUGUUGCCAUAGGCCACCUGGAAACUGUUUUGACAGGUGUUUGUUGAAUGAGUUGUUUUAUUCAUAAAUGUAAUAAGCAUGAAAUGCAUUCAUACUAAUUUGUAAAAUUUCAUACCUGCUAAUAAUACCUGUUUAUUUUAAGAUCAUUUUGUGCCGAGUUGGAGAUUUGUCUGUGUUUGCCAAGUCACCACUGGUAAUAUCACAUUGAAAUAUUUUAGAUUUAAUAAGUGCAAAACUUAGUGCACCAUUGCUUCUUAGUACUGCAGACAUUGCAGCCGUCUGUACAAGUGAACUGGGCUCAAAUCCCAAGCUAGACGGACAUCUUGAGCUCCUACGUUCAUACCAAGGUCUGGUCUUUGUUUGGCUAGAAGAUACAGUGGGAUAUACUGUAUGCUGUCUCAGCCUUCUCAGAAAUUGCCAAGAAUGUUUAGAAAUUAAUUAACCCAAAUCGCAGCAAAGACUGUGACUUGUGAAACAAUCACAAACCCAAGCCAAAGAUCAGAGUUCCAUUGGGGAACUGAUGGUUGCUAACACGGUCUAUUGAAAUAGUAGAUAGAUUCGCUUGAAAAAUUAUUGUUUAGUUGGCAGUAAAAACUUCAGAAAUCCUCCUCCCUCACCCCUUCCAGAUUUCCUUAUAGUGGUGAGAUUCUGUAAUUGCAUUCACCACACCAAUCUUUGCACUAAGAGGAACAAGUAAGCACUUUCAUUAACUCCUUUACAUAAGUGUAGUGAUCCCCCCAUAUUAAGAGUUCUCCUAAGCAUUGAGUACUCUAUGCCAUCCUUGUUCCCAGCAUAAUUGUCCUACACCACGUCCUUGAUGUGUGCUGCUUCAAGGAAUUAUGACUUAAAAUUUAGAAUGACAAGUUAUUCCCCAUUAAUAUGUGGUCAUUUCCAUGUAUUCUUCCAUGUAGAGAUAAUGUAAAGUAUCAACAAUGGUUGCCCCUCUGCUAUUUAGUGUUGUAUAGCCACUAGGUGAUCAGUUUUGUUGUGUGCGUGGAUUAUACUCUUGUAAAAGAGUUGAGUGAAAGUUGCCCUCCUGUCUAUCUCUCACAAAUAAUCAGGAUCUAAAGCAUCAGACACAAAAUCCCACAUACCUCCUUUCUUCCUGCCUCCUGUGUCUACUGUUAGUCAUUUACAGAUCAAUUAUCUGUGAUACGAAUUCAGGUUUAAUAUAUGUCCAUAUUGAAGAAAACUUAAAAAAUAGUAUAAAACAAAUAAUUCCCCAAAAAAAAAAAAAAAAUAAUGGAUGACAGCUGAGAAAAUUUCAUAAUCAGCUUCUGGUGUUGUGUUGUGAAAUGACCACACAUUUAACUGUUAACUAAUUACUACUGAUAUUGUAGUCUGUAAGGUAUAUCUAUGUUCGUGUAUCAUGUAUGUCAUGCAUACCCAUUGAUUAUCAGCAUAUUACAUAUAUAGAGCUGAGAGCAUUUAAGGUUAUAUAGAAUCCCAAGAAGGCUCUGAUUCUGUGUAAGCCUUUUAAACAGCAAACUAAAACAAUCUCUUCCUAGGUCUUUUUUUUUUUUUUUUUAUUUUUUUUUUUUUUCUUACUUUGUAGUUGUACAUACAAAGUUGGUGCUGAAGUUUGAAUUAGUGAAGCAAAAUUCAUUAAGUGAUGGGUGGUACUUUCUUUGCUCCAGUUUAACUCACAAGAAAUGUGUUGGUCUGCACAGAAACUUGAGGACUUGCCUACUACCUAGGAUGUGAUUUAAACACUUAUAGUGUAUUAUUUCCAUGUUACUCGUAUUAACAAGUGUCUAUAUUACUGUUAAUGAAAAUUUGUACAUAUUAUUUUUAUAUAGCUUUCACUUCUUCAGAGCCUCUUGAAAAAUAUGAAUUCAUACCAUUUUAUAGUUUAUGAGGAUCAACCAAGUUUGAAAAAGUUGGUUUGCUUCACAUUUUAAAGUUUAAUUACAGUUUGUUAUAUACAUACAUACAUUAAUAUAUAUAUUGUAUAUUAAAGAUCUUGAGCCAUUUCUCCUAAAUGGUCUUAUUUUAGCACAUCUGGCUUCAAGUAUUCUAGAUAGGAAACUAUGAACAAGGGACUGCCAUAUCUUUGUUUCUCCAGGGUCACUCCUUCCCAAGACAGGGAGUGCCAGGUGUAGUUAUUUGGUUAUCAUGGUCUAUAUUCUGCUUUAUCUAAAGAAACAUUAAGCACAGAGUUUGUAUAUUUAAAUAAAAUAAUUAGAACA